AUGGACCUCUUCAAGGUCAGGAUCAACUGCAUCGACCAUUACCAGGCAACACCUACGCGUUACGACCCACAACUGCGAAGUGAUAUCCGGCCGUCGCAGGUCUCGAAGGGCCCCAAGGCCCCCGUCGUGAGAGUUUUCGGGUCAACGGAGACCGGUCAAAAAGUCUGCGCGCAUAUACACGGGGCGUUUCCGUACUUGUUUAUCGAGUACAAUGGCUCCCUUGAUCAAGAUGCAGUCGGGGCAUAUAUGUAUCGCCUCCACAUGUCCAUAGACUACGCGCUGGCCGUGAGCUACCGCCGCGACCAGUCAAGUGGAAAUGCAAAGUUUGUCGCGAGAAUCACACUCGUAAAAGGAAUACCAUUCUAUGGAUUCCACGUCGGUUAUCGCUACUUUCUCAAAAUCUACCUCUUCAACCCCAUUGUCAUCAGCCGCCUCGCCGAUUUACUGCUCCAGGGUGUCAUCAUGAAGCAGAAAUUCCAGCCUUACGAGACGCACCUGCAAUAUCUCCUUCAGUUCAUGUGCGAUUACAACCUUUACGGGUGCGACUACCUGGAGUCUACGAAAACUUAUUUCAGGGCACCGGUUCCAGAGGCGGAGGCAGAUGACAGCUUGGCGCAUCACUGGAACGACCAGAAGAUACCCGCCGCCAACAUAACGGAUUCACUGGAUCUUCCGCGCCUCAGUCACUGCUCGAUCGAGGUAGACAUCUGCGUGCAAGACAUCAAGAACAGGAAAUCCGUAAAGGAGAGGAGGUUGCACCACGACUUUGUCGAAAGGGUACGACCAACGCCACCUGACCUCAAGCUCGUUUCCAGCAUGGCUGGGCUCUGGAGGGACGAGAUGAGACGUCGGCGAUUAAAGCUUCCGGGAGGAAAAGCAAAUGGGAGCCCCCUUCCGGCGGACGCGCUGGUAUCUAUGUCGGCUGAUCCACGAGACUCUCAGCCGCAAGGUUGGAUUCAUGAAGAGGAGUAUAAGGAGCUUCUUCGACAGUUGAUUGAGGACGAGGUGUCUGCCGAUGAGGAUGGUGUAAAACCUACUUUUGAGAACUUCGUGGAGCCGGAGCUAGAAGAUGAUGAGGUCCAGACUGUGUUACAGUCCGUCACGGACCUGUAUCCAGAUAAUCUAAGAGCGGCACUCGGUCUUGCAGAGAGCGCAUCGCAGGACGUCGGGGACCACGGAGGAGACGUUGACGUGGACGCCCGAGGCAUUCGUCCGGCGCAGCCAACGGAUGAAGACUACUUCCCUGAGGACUCGGAUGAAGAGGUUCCUGCCGAGAAGAUAAUAGGGGAUGACCAAGGACUAGAUCAGCUAAAUACCCGGGGUCUAGGCCUGGAUCCGGAGUGCGAUCCACCAAUCUUGGGUAUCUGUGCCAGUGCAAUGAGGACAGGCAGAUCCGCACAGAUCCCUAUUACUUCUCAGCUGCUGGCCAUAGCAAAAGCGGAGCAAUUCAUCAGCAAAAGAGAGAAGAGCGAUGAAUCAGAGACGGAUAGCAGACCCUCGUCGAAACGCUCAAGAACACCGGAUCCCGUUGAAAUUCCCAGCAAACGGCCGAAGCUCGAGGACGCGUCACUGCCCAAGCCCGGAGUGAUGGAGAUGAAGCCGACAGGCACGCCGCAGUUAUCCCACCCACCGUCUCACGGCCGAGGCAGAGGGAGGCCCAGCAAAUCACCCGCCUCCUCGCAAGCCAACGAUCAGUCUAGCAUCAACUUUCCCAUCGUCAAGGAUCCGAAUGAUACAAAUGGGCAGUUCAGUCUCAGCCAGUCGAGUCAAAAACAAACGACGCGUGUUGGAAAUAAGAAGGAUGGAGACUCUGACUUACCGACUCCCCAAACGUUCAACUCGAGCCGGGUGAAGCAGGUUCGCUUCGGUGGCAAGGAGUUUGACUUUUCAGUGGCUCAAACUACCACCACGCCCACCAAAUCGACGAAGUCCUCAGCGUCAUCGGCCAGUUCUAAGAAUGUCAUCGGAUCGCCGUCGUCUAACCGCUCCCCAAGUCAAGUCCUUAUACGCUCCAAAUCGCCCUCUUCGCGAUGGACCACGAUAAUGUCGACAAUACCACCAUCCGCCUCGCAAGUUUGCUCGUCUAUGAAGGAACUUGGUCUACCGGAUGUAGUCUACCAGGAUGCAUUUUAUAGCAACGAGAAGGACGUUCCGCAGCGCCCAAUCGAAUUCGCGGGACGCGAGUUCCGCCUGGAAGGAAACACUCUGCCCUUUCUCCCAGAAUUCAACUUAUCCGGCCCAGCUGGAAUGCCUUCGGAUGCAGGAAACGGUCUAUCUCAAAAGACGGACCGACUGACGGAUGCCCAGCGCCGCCGCAUCUGCACGUAUCGAGGUUGGGAGCUUGCACAACCACCGCCCACUUAUCAAGAAGUGAAAGAUUGGUGGCAAGACAAGCUUAUCAAAAGGCGAGAGCAAGAUCGCCAGGCCAGUGGUAAAGAGCACGCCCGUAGGCUUCCGCGCCCUACUCAACGUCCAAAAGUAAUGUCCCAAAUUGACGGGCCUACGCAAAUCAAUAAGCACGGAUUCAAAUACUCUCAGAAGAAGAAGUCGACGGGCGUGUUGCACGAGACGCAAUACAUGAGCACGAUGAGUGUUGAAAUCCACGUCAACACACGCGGGAAAUUUGUGCCGAACCCAGAAGAGGACGAGGUCCAGUGCAUAUUCUGGUGUGUCAAGUCUGACGAGGCCGGAGACGGGGACGAAGACGUAUACCAAUGCGGGAUAGUGGUUCUAUCAGAGGAUGGAUCCCUUACGGAGAAGAUCCGUCGCAUGACGCAGGCAGAUGUCGCCGAGGAGGCGACUGAGCUUGACCUGCUCGUGCGUAUGAUUGGAAUCGUUCGCGCCCACGACCCAGACAUCCUAACGGGAUACGAAGUCCACGGUGGCUCUUGGGGGUAUCUCAUCGAGCGAGCACGGUUAAAAUAUGACUACGAUCUUUGCGACGAGUUCUCACGCAUGAAGAGUAAUUCCCAUGGUAGAUUCGGCAGAGAGAACGAUCGCUGGGGUUUCAACACGACAUCCACCAUCCGUGUCACGGGGAGACACAUGAUUAAUGUCUGGAGAGCCAUGCGCGGCGAGUUGAAUCUACUGCAGUAUACUCUUGAGAAUGUCGCGUGGCAUCUACUCCACCGCCGAGUGCCACACUACCCCUGGAAGGUCCUGACAUCAUGGUACAAGAACGGUCGGCCGAGGGACCUCUUCAAACUUAUCCGGCACUACUUGGCGCGUACGAGGAUGAACAUUGAGAUUCUGGAUGCCAAUGAAUUGAUACCUCGCACAAGUGAACAGGCUCGUGUGCUUGGAGUAGACUUUUUUUCCGUCUUUUCCAGAGGCUCUCAGUUCAAAGUCGAAUCCAUCAUGUUUCGAAUCGCCAAACCAGAAAACUACCUCUUGGUCUCUCCAAGUCGGAAACAAGUAGGCAGCCAGAAUGCUUUAGAGUGCCUCCCUCUCGUGAUGGAGCCGCAAAGCGCCUUCUACAACAGCCCGCUCCUAGUUCUGGACUUUCAAAGUCUGUAUCCCAGCGUCAUGAUCGCCUACAACUACUGCUAUUCUACCUUCCUCGGGCGCAUCGUCGGCUGGCGGGGAACGAACAAGAUGGGCUUUUCUGACUACCAGCGGCGGCGCAGGCUCCUCGAGCUGCUGGAGGACCACAUCAACAUCGCUCCCAACGGAAUGAUGUACGUCAAGGCUGAGAUACGCAAAUCCCUCCUCGCCAAGAUGCUUACGGAGAUUCUUGAAACGCGGUUCAUGGUCAAGUCGGGUAUGAAGCAGGAUAAAGACGACAGGCGGCUCCAGAGGCUUCUUAACAAUCGGCAGCUGGCGCUCAAACUCCUCGCCAAUGUGACGUACGGAUACACAUCUGCGUCGUUCUCGGGCCGGAUGCCCUGUGCGGAGAUUGCAGACAGCAUCGUCCAAACUGGUCGCGAAACUCUCGAGCGAGCCAUCGUGUAUAUCCACUCCCGCGAAGACUGGGGCGCUGAGGUCGUUUACGGCGAUACAGAUAGCUUAUUCGUAUACCUCAAAGGUCGAACGAAGGAUCAAGCUUUCGAUCUUGGUGCAGAGAUUGCCAAGGCCAUCACGGACAUGAAUCCAAGGCCCAUCAAGCUCAAGUUCGAAAAGGUCUAUUUCCCUUGUGUUCUGCUCGCCAAAAAGCGCUACGUCGGAUACAAGUACGAGUCAAAGAACCAGCUGGUCCCCGAGUUCGACGCCAAAGGGAUCGAAACCGUGCGACGCGACGGAACCCCAGCCGAGCAAAAGAUUGAAGAAAAGGCCCUCAAGAUCCUCUUUGAAACGGCAGACCUCAGCCAAGUCAAAGCCUACUUCCAAUCCCAGUGCGACAAGAUCAUGCGCGGCGCCGUCUCCGUGCAAGAUUUCUGCUUCGCCAAAGAAGUCCGGCUCGGCGGCUACUCCGACAAAGGUCCGCCGCCCCCGGGAGCGCUCAUCUCUGCCCGGCGCAUGCUCGAAGACGCGCGCACCGAACCGCAGUACGGCGAGCGGGUGCCGUACGUCGUGAUAUCGGGGGCGCCGGGAGCCCGCCUCAUCGAUCGGUGCGUGGCGCCCGAGGACCUCUUGGAAAACUCCCACGUUACGCUCGACGCCGAGUACUACAUCACCAAGAACAUCACGCCGCCGCUCGACCGCAUCUUCAACCUCGUCGGCGCCAGCGUGCGCCAGUGGUACGAUGACAUGCCCAAGGUGCGCCGGAUCUACCGCCUUGAUCCCUCGGCGCAUCGCAAGACUCUCGAGUCGUACAUGUCGUCCGCGUCGUGCGUGGUCUGCAGCGCCAAGACGCGCGCCGCUGACGUAUCGCUCUGCGAUGAGUGCGGGCGCGACGUCUCGGCCUCAUUAGUAGCGUUGGAGGGAAGACUGGCGAAGUUGCAGAGGGGUAUCAUGGAUGUGGAUGCAGUGUGUCGGUCUUGCGCGGGGUUGGGUCCAUUGGAGGAGGUGUUUUGUGAUAGCAAGGACUGUCCUGUUUACUAUACUCGUGUGAAGGAAGGGGUUAGGCUGAGGGCGGAGAAGGCGGUCGUGGACCCUGUUAUUGAGAAGUUGUUGAGUGAACCCGCACGGUUGGAGUGGUGA